AUGCCCUACAAUAUUGCCAUGGUCAGCGACUUCUUCUUCCCUCAAUUCGGCGGAGUCGAGAGCCACAUCUACCAGCUCUCCACCAAGCUCAUCGACCGAGGGCAUAAGGUUAUUAUCAUAACCCAUGCCUACGAGGGACGGACUGGCGUCCGAUAUCUCACAAAUGGCUUGAAGGUCUACCAUGUCCCGUUUCUGGUCAUCUACCGCGCCGCGACAUUUCCUAGCCUGUUCUCCUUCUUCCCCAUCUUUCGCAACAUCGUAAUUCGAGAGCAGAUCGAGAUCGUGCAUGGACAUGCAAGCCUGAGCAGCCUCUGUCACGAAGCCAUCUUGCAUGCGCGGACAAUGGGGCUGCGGACUGUCUUUACGGAUCAUUCGCUGUUUGGAUUUGCGGAUGCUGCGAGUAUUCUAACGAACAAGCUUUUGAAGUUUACGCUGAGCGACGUGGACCAUGUUAUCUGUGUCAGUCAUACGUGCAAAGAGAAUACCGUCCUCCGAGCCUCCCUCGAUCCCCUGAUGGUAUCCGUCAUUCCAAAUGCAGUUGUCGCAGAGAACUUUCGACCGCGCAACCAUCCCGCAUACCAUCCUGAGACUUUUGGCAACGAGGUAGUCCCUGCACCGCAGCAUCUGGGUCCGCAUGAUACGAUCACCAUCGUCGUCAUCUCACGACUCUUCUACAACAAGGGGACGGAUCUCCUAGUCGCAGCCAUUCCCCGUAUUCUGGCAAGCCACCCCAAUGUGCGAUUCGUAAUAGCAGGAUCGGGACCAAAGGCUAUUGACCUCGAGCAAAUGCUAGAGAGGAAUGUGCUGCAGGAUCGAGUCGAGAUGCUGGGACCCGUGAGACACGAGGAGGUACGAGAUGUGAUGGUUCGAGGACACAUAUAUCUGCAUCCCAGCUUGACUGAAGCGUUUGGUACUGUCAUUGUUGAAGCAGCUAGCUGCGGGCUAUACGUGGUAUGCACCCAAGUCGGAGGCAUUCCGGAGGUGCUCCCAGCACAUAUGACGGUUUUUGCGAAGCCGGAGGAGGAUGACUUGGUUGCUGCGACGGGGAGGGCUAUUGCAGCUCUGAGGGCAAAUAAAGUAAGAACAGAAAAGUUUCAUGACCAGGUAAAGAUGAUGUACUCUUGGACCAAUGUGGCAGAGCGGACAGAGAGGGUCUACGAUGGGAUUUCCGGGGUCUUGAGCGAGGCGGACUUCUACGGAUAUGACGCUGCUGAUGCCGCGAGUUGGAGUGCUACGAGAGGGAGGGCCGGGGUGCAGAGCUUUGCCCUCAUCGAUCGACUGAAGAGGUAUUACGGGUGUGGUAUCUGGGCUGGCAAAUUGUUUUGCCUCUGUGUGGUAAUCGAUUACCUGCUGUUCCUCUUUCUGGAGUUCUGGGCCCCGAGAGAGAAUAUAGAUAUUGCGAGGAACUGGCCGAAGAAGGGGCAAGAGGGGAGGGUUGCGAGGGAACGGGAGAAGAGGAGAGAGGCUGGAUAG